CUAGCUGCAGGAGCAUGGUGCUAGCUGGCGGGAUGCUCCUGGAGCAGGGAGGGCCAGCUUUCCCUCCACCCCUGGUGUCAGAGGGCAGGUUGUGUUUCCCCUCCAAGUUUGCUUGUUUUUCUGUUGUGUGUGAGUUGCUCCCCCUGCAGCUCGCAGCAUGACUAUUAGACACAGAAUCCCACACACUCAGCACAGCAGUGCCCUCCCACUGCACUGUACUGCUGUUGGGAUCCAGCCCUUUGGACGCUCUGCCUGGGCUAGCAGCAGGCAUGGGACUCAGUCAGCGCUGACAGCUGCAGCCUGGGUCUUGCUAAGCGUACUAGCUUGGGAAGUGCCCUGCUCUCUGGGAACAUCGGACGGAGUUCCUUGCCAGGCUCCUCUAGGAAGAGCCCUGCUGUGGCUGACCUCCGUGCUCCACUCUUCUGCCCCAUGAUUCCAGGCAGCUGAGAGGCAUGAGACAGCCAUGGCAUUCCAGGCAGCCGGAUCUGGGACACUGCAGCCCCGGAGCGUGCAACCCCUGGAGCCUCUGCUGCAUGGCUGGGGACCGGAGCCUGCUGUGCAGAAAGGAUUCCUUGGCAACUUCUCUCUUCCCACUCCCCUGGAGGGGACAUUGAGGGCAGCUGGGAAUCCCCACCUCCGGGAGAGACACGGUGCACAUUCAGCAGGAGCAGGGGACAGCGGCUGCUUUCCUCACAGUCUCUCCUCUCCACCCCCCUAUGCCAUGGCAGGAGGCUGCCUGAAUCCUCAGGGGUCCCAGGGCCUCAGCUUGAAAGACUUUGUCCCAUCCCACCUCCAGAAGAGGGAAUUUCUUCCUGCUGCCAGGAGCCCAGCAGCCCCCACGGCCACAUCCCCUCAGCCGUCCACGUGGGUCCCACUGCGACACAGAGGACCCAGGGUGCCCGUGAUCCGUAACUGCGGCUCCAACACCCUGAACUUUGAGUUCCAUGACACGUCUCCCCGCAUAGCGUGCAAUGGCACCACCGAGCCUAGGAGAGCAGCCCCCAGGAGCUCAGUGAGUGACUGGUAUCAGACCUGGCCUGCCAAAGAAACGAAGAAGCUGAGUUCCCAGGCAGUGCCUGUUCCCCUCCCAGCUGAGUCGGCGAUAAGCCCCCUGGAGAACGGCCCCCCACCUGUGCCCCGCGCAGCCCCCUGGUCUGCCACCUGGACUAAGGAUAGCAAGAGGAAGGACAAGCGAUGGGUGAAGUAUGACGGGAUCGGCCCGGUGGAUGAGACGGGGAUGCCGAUCGCAUCGCGAUCCAGUGUGGACAGGCCCCGGGACUGGUACCGGAGCAUGUUCCAGCAGAUCCACCGUAAGCUCCCAGAACCACAGCUGGACUGGGAUUUCCACCACUGCACAGAGCCACGCCCUCCGGCGUUUGCACAAAAGGGCCGCAUGCCAAGUGGCUCCUCUUACCUGCAGAAUGGCCUGGACUGGAGGGGCCAGGAGGCAGCUGAUGAUGCUGCGAUGGAGCCUAGGAGCAUUUUCGACUACGAACCCGGGAAAUCAUCCGUCCUUGACCAUCCCAACCCGGUUGCGGAGCCCCAGGCGGGACGUGCUGGCAGCUGGCACCAAUUUCUGAAGGAGCUGGAGAUGGGGAGCCUGCCUAAGAAGCCCCUGGCACCAUUUCCUGUAGAGCCUCCCCCACCGUCCCAGCCGAUCGAGGUGUUACUGGAGAGAGAGCUGCAGCAGCUCAGCGAGGAGUUAGACAAGGACAUGAAAGCCCUGGAGACACAUCGGCAUCCUUGCAAGGGACUGGAAAACUUUGAGAAGUGGCGUGCCAAGUCUUUAACUUCUUCGGCGUCUCUCUGCGCUUGCACCGCCGCCCGCAGCCUACCGUCUGCCUGCCGUUCCCAUCCUGCCUUGGGGCAGAGCCCCCCCGCUUCCCGACGCCCACCUGCCAGCCCCAGCAUGGAGAGAGCGGGCCUGGGCGUGGGCACGAGCGAUUGGAGCAGGUCUCCUCCCAGGAAAGAUCCCCCAGGCCACUCUGGGAAAAGCCCCUUGGCUGAUGAGAGUGAGUCUAUAGAGGCGGUGGAUGGACCAGUGAGGAGAGAGGACAAGAAGAUGAAAGCUGCUCGCGUCAAGUUUGACUUCCAGGCUGAGUCCCCAAAGGAGCUGACCAUGCAGAAGGGAGACAUCGUCUAUAUCCACAAGGAGGUGGACAGGAACUGGCUGGAAGGAGAGCACUAUGGGAGGGUGGGCAUAUUCCCCUCCAACUACGUGGAGAUCCUAUCUCCCACCGAAGUGCCCAAGCCCAUCAAGCCACCCACCAUCCAGGUGCUGGAGUACGGAGAGGCCCUGGCCCAGUACAACUUCAAAGGGGACCUGGCGGUGGAGCUGUCCUUCCGCAAGGGCGAGCGCAUCUGUCUGGUCCGCAAGGUGGAUGAGAACUGGUAUGAGGGACGGAUCUCUGGCACCAACCGCCAGGGCAUCUUCCCGGCCAACUACGUACAAGUGCUGAAGGAGCCACGGGUCAAGGCCUCAGAGGAGUUCCCCGCCUCUCCAAACUUGACUGCCCCUGCCUCCCCAAGGCUGUUGGCUCACACAGGCUCACCGGCCCAGCUGCACUCGCCUGGUAGCCCGCGUUCCAAUCCCUCGUCCUCCUUCCUGGCAGGCUCUCCCACUGCCCAACAGCGCGGCACAGAGGGGGGCGCCCUGUCGUCCUCUCCGCACCAUUUUGGCUUCACCUUCCCUGUCUCCCCCAAGCUGCAGCGUGCCGGAGUCUCAUCCAGCCUCCUCCAGGGGCCCCAGAACCCCCAACUGGCCCCCAGCACCACCUUGCUCUCCCCGGUGAGUCUGAGCCCGAGCCCGCAGCCUCCGGGUCCCUCCCGGCCACAGGAGACUCCACCCACUGCAGCGCCCUCCUCGCUUCCUGGGCAGAGCUCCACCCUUGAAGCCCCAGUACCUGCAGGUUGCCAUCUGGGCAGUGCUGGGCACCUGCCCAAGGCCCCCCCAUCUGACAACGGCUCCAGCAUACAGUGGACCCCGUUCCGGGCCAUUUAUCAGUACAGACCUCAGAACGAGGACGAGCUGGAGCUGCAUGAAGGGGACCGGGUGGACGUCAUGCAGCAGUGUGACGAUGGCUGGUUUGUGGGUGUGUCCAGGAGAACCCAGAAAUUCGGCACCUUCCCUGGCAAUUACGUUGCCCCUGUGUAACAUCCCCCUGCCCCGCAUCCCAGCACGAGCCAAGAGGAAGCUGCAUCUGUGACUCAGGCUCCUACAGCCUACUCAGAGCUGGCAUCGCGCCCUGAGACCAGGAGAGGAACGAGGAGAGGAGAUGGGGAUUGAGACCAGCCCCGCCCCCAUGGACAUUCCCAGCAGGACCCUUUUGGUGGCUGUUGCUAGGGAGCUUGACACUGGGACAGGCCCCUGCCUCUCCUAGUAACAGACCCCCUCCUCCCUGUCCCCAGUCACUCAGUUCCGCUUCCAGCACUGCCUCUUGGGGCUCCCUCUAACGGGGACCAGUCCCUGUCCUUUUCCUCCCCCAUGGGGCUCCCUCUAACGGGGACCAACCCCCAGCCUUACCCCCUGUGGGGCUUCCUCUAAUAGGGACCAACCCACCAGCCUUACCCCCCAUCGGGCUCCCUCUAACAUGACCAAGCCCCCAGCCUUACCCCCCUGGGGCUCCCUCUAACGGGGACCAGUCCCCCAGCCUUACCCCCCGUUGGUCUCCCUCUAACGGGGACCAGUCCCCCAGCCUUACCUCUGGUGGGGCUCCCACUAAUGGGGACCAGUCCCUGUCCUUUCCCUCCCCUGUGGGGCUCCCUCUAAUGGGGACCAACCCCCCAGCCUUACCCCGCAUGGGGCUCCCUCUAACAGGACCAACCCCCCAGCCUUACCCCCCAUGGGGCUCCCUCUAACGGGGACCAGUCCCCCAGCCUUACCCCCCGUGGGGCUCCCUCUAACGGGGACCAGUCCACUAGCCUUACCCCUGGUGGGGCUCCCUCUAAUGGGGACCAGUCCCUAUCCUUUCCCUCCCCCGUGGGGCUCCCUCUAACGGGGACCAGUCACUGCCCCCACCCCCUCCAUAGGGCUCCCUCUAACAGGACCAGUCCCCCAGCCUUACACCCUGUGGAGCUCCCUCUAACGGGGACCAGUCCCCCAGCCUUACCCCCAUGGGGCUCCCUCCGAUGGGGACCAGUCCCCAUCCCUGCUCCCAGGGCUCUCCCUGGCAGGAAGUGUUGCCCUGUGCCCACCUGAUAGGUAUCUGCCAGUCUGUGCCUCACUGCCGAAGGCGUCUGCAUCCUGGGGGAAGGGGCUGUUAGUCCUUUCCCUCCAGCUGAACCCCCAAGCUCCAUCACGACCUCUGGAGGGAAGCAGGCACUGAGCCCGCCCUCUGCACCUCCAUUGACCUAGCAAGCUGUGCUGAACCCUGUGCCUGCAUGCGGCUGACGCUUGCAAGGUCGCUGGCCUCUCCAGUGCUCCUGCUGUGUGUGGGGGGGCGAGGGGGAACACGGGGAGGGCAGUCUCCUCCAAGCUGCUUGUAAAGAGCCGGCUCACGUGCCCGCAAACCUGAUCUGCUUGUCCUCUAUUAUUAAAGAUCAGCCUCACCCCAUG